AUGGUUGUCGCAAAAAGCUCUCCCAGUUUAUUCGCCACAUUUGAAGUAGUUCUGAACACAAUUAAUCACAUGCUCAUCGGAUGUGUCACUUUUUACAUGACAUGGCUCGUUUUCGCGCAACCUUACAGUCUUUUUAGUUUGCAUGUGAUUUUUUGCACUUUGGGCUAUCAACUUUUGAUGGCAGAAGCGAUUUUAGCUCUUUACAGUGGAAACGCAUGGUCGUCAUUGUUGCUCAGGAGACAAAAAGGUCAUGGGCAUUUAUGGCUGCAAAUCGGGGGAGCGAUAUUAGCUUUGGCUGGCAUGUGGAUUGAAGUUUAUAACAAAGGAAAUCGCAUCACGUGGAAAGGAAAUCAUGCAAUUUUUGGUCUUCUAUCAGCAAUUUUUCUAAUAAUUAACGUCAUUCUCGGCUUCAUUACAUUCUGGUCCGUCAAAUUAAAGCAUCUCGUGAAACCAGUUUACGUCAAACUUGUCCACAAUAUGGUUGGCUUGUGUUGUUUCGUCUUUGGAAUGGUCUCUCUCUACUACGGAUACGACAAAGGAUAUGUCAAAAGAAACGUUCCGCCAGAAAUUAAAACUUUUUUGGAAGCCGUUUGUCUUGCCACGAUGAUUUUAGUCUGUUUGGGCUCCAUGAAAAACAUUUCCUUCAACUUUAAAGACGCUUUUAAGGGACUUUUUAGAAAAAAUAAUUACACCGAUAGUGAAGCUAAUUAAUUUUUUUCCUCAACAUUCGUAUAUAAAUU